AUGGCUCUGCACAGUGGGCUGAAGGAGCUGCUGUGGAAAACGCUGAUGGAGCUAGGGGAAGACGACUUCAAGGCCUUCAAGUUCUUCACAGACCUGCCUCAAAGAGUACUUGAAACCCCCAGCCCGGUGGACAUUGCCUACGAGCUGGUGAAGAAACACGGCAAGAACGCUUUGGAGAAGACCAUCAAGAUUCUGGAGAAGAUCAAUCACAAUAACUUGGCCAAAAUGUUGCGUAGCAACACGCUGGAAAUAACAGGUGCCGUCUUCUCCGUCCAUGAUGAUGACCAAAUUGACAGAUUGAAGGAAGGACUGCAAGGCAACCUGCAGAGUUUAUACAGCUAUGUUCCAGAGGGCAACACUGAGCGCUGGCAGCAGCAGCCUCUAGCGGACAGUUACACGGAGCUAGAAGUUACCUACGGGGCUGACGUCAGCCCAGAUGAACGGCAUGAGGUCCUUCAGAUGGAGACGUGUGCCACCGCGGCCAAGGUGUCUAUCCUGCCGUGCGACAUCUUCAAAAGCCCUGACAAGAAGCCGCGACCGAUACGCACGAUUCUCACCGUCGGCUUCGCGGGAAUCGGAAAAACCUUCCUGGUUCAAAAGUUUGUGUGCGACUGGGCCAGCGGAAAUACGAACCAGGACAUACACUUCAUAUUUCCCUUCACCUUCCGCGAAUUGAACACGGAUGAAGGGAAAAGCUUCACGCUGGCACAGCUCAUUCGACGUUACGUUUGCGAGAGCAGGCACAUGAGCGAGGAGACGUUGAACAAUAUAUUUGCUGACCUGCAGAUGUCCGGGAAGCGGGACUACGAAAGCAGCAGGAUCAAGAUCUUGUUUGUCUUGGACGGACUGGACGAGUGCAACUUCAAAAUGGACUUAAAGAAUGAGAUGAAAGUAGACUUGGACGUGACGGAGGCCUACCCGCUGGAGGUGCUCCUAGCGCACCUCAUCAAGAGGAACUUGCUUCCGUGCGCUCGGGUUUGGAUCACCACGCGGCCCGCCACGGCCCGUGAUAUUCCCUCCGACCUCAUCGACAGCAGAACAGAAGUGAGAGGAUUCAGUGAUUCCCAGAGGCUGGAGUACUUCAGGAAAAGAUUCCCAAAUGAAGAGCGCGUCACGAAGCACAUCCAGAAAUCUCGCACCAUCUUCAUCAUGUGCCACAUGCCCAUCUUCUGCUGGCUCACUGCCACAGUUCUUCAGGAUCAUUUGGACAAAGGGAAGGACGGAGAGCUUCCCACAACGCUGACCGACAUGUACUCAGAGUAUGCUUUGAAACACCUCGAAAACGCCAAGGAAAGACAGAAGACAGAGUAUGUCAGUGACGUGAAAGCGCUAGCAAAGCUGGCCUUUCACCACACUAUGAAGAAGCGUCAGAUUUUCUAUGAGAAGGACCUGGCGGACAGCGGCUUUGAUUACAGCCGAGCUGCAAAACACUGCGGAAUAUUCACACAGGUGUUUAAGGAGGUACGUCCGCUGCGGAGAAACCAACAGGGCAAGAUGUUUCAGUUCAUCCAUCUGACCAUCCAGGAGUAUAUGGCCGCACUCCACGUGGUGAUGAGCCUCUUCCACGACAACAAGAACGUACUGGCUGAUUCAGAGCUGCCACCGGAAGGUGUUUUCCAAGAAGAAGAAGAAAAAUCAGAAGAGGUAGAAGAAACAGAAGAAGAAACAGAAAAAUCAGAAGAAACAGAAGAAGAGGAAACAGAAGAUGAAGGUGAUUGGAAAAUCACUGAGGUCCAAAGGUCAGCUCUCCAGAAAGCCUCGGAGAGUGAAGGAAACUUGGACCUGUUCCUCCGCUUCCUCUGUGGCCUUUCUUUGCCGUGCAACCAGGAACUAGUGGGGGAACUGCUGAAGGGUCCUCAGAACUGCAAGCCAAGCAAGUCAAAGACAGUCAGGUUGAUCAAGGAAAGGAUCAAACGGAACCCCCCAGAGAAGAACGUCAACUUGUUCUACUGCUUAAAUGAGCUGAAGGACGACUCCUUGCUGAAGCAGUUCAAGAAGAAAAAACGUUCAAUACGUUUGAGCUGCCAACCCAAGACAAAUGACAUGUGGUCGGCCCUGGCCUUCUUCUUACUGACGGAUGACGAAACCAUGGAGUCCUUUAAUCUGCGUGAAUACGCCCCAUCACCUUUGGGGCUCGAGAAGCUGUUGGUGGUGGUCAAGGCUUCUCAAAAAUCAGUUCUAUUCGGAUGUCGCCUGGACAAACGCAGCUGUCACCUGCUGGCUUCCGUUCUCAGCUCUCCAUCCAACCUGAAGCAUCUGGACCUGAGAUAUAACAAACUGUCGGACGAAGGGGUGGAGAUCAUCUCGAAAGGACUUGCCAGUCCACAUUGUAUCUUACAAGACCUCAAGCUGAACUACUGCAUUAUCACCAAUAAAGGAUGUGUUUUUUUGGCUGAGGCUCUCAAGUUAAGCACCUCCCAUCUUCAAGAGCUGGACCUGAGCUCUAACAACCUGUUGGACGAAGGGGUCGAGAUCCUCUCGAAAGGACUGGCCAGUCCACACUGCAUCUUACAGGUCCUCAAGCUGGAACACUGCGGAAUCACAAAGCGAGGAUGCGUGUUUUUGGCUGAGGCUCUCAAGUUAAACCCCUCCCAUCUUCAAGGGCUGCACCUGGGCAGGAACGGUCUGUCGGACGAGGGGGUCGAGAUCCUCUUGAAAGGACUGGCCAACCCACAUUGCAUCUUACAAUACCUCGCUCUUAGUGAUUGUCGCCUGGACAAAGGCAGCUGUCGCCUGCUGGCUUCCGUUCUCAGCUCUCCAUCCAAAAUGAGGCAUCUGGACCUGAGUCAUAACGAGCUGUCGGAUGAGGGGGUUGAGAUCCUCUCGAAAGGACUGGCCAGUCCACACUGCAUCUUACAAGACCUCAAGCUGGAACGCUGCGGAAUCAUGAAGCGAGGAUGUGUUUUUUUGGGUGAAGCGCUCAAGUUAAACCCCUCCCAUCUUCAAGAGCUGGACCUGAGCAGCAACGUUCUAUGUGAUCAGGGGGUUGAGAUCCUCUCAAAAGAACUAGCCAGCGCAAACUGCAUCUUAAAAGUCCUCAAGCUGGACAACUGUGGGAUCACCAAUAAAGGGUGCGUUUUUUUGGCCGAGCCUCUCAAGUUAAACCCCUCCCAUCUUCAAGAGCUGGGCCUGAGCUCCAACAAUCUGUCGGACGAGGGGUUCGAGAUCCUCACCAAAGGACUGGCCAGCCCACACUGCAUCUUACAGUUCCUGGGGCUAUUCAAUUGUAACCUGGAAAAAGGCAGCUGUCACCUACUGGCUUCCGUUCUCAGCUCUUCAUCCAAACUGAGGCAUCUGGACCUGAGGCAUAACAAUCUGUGGGACGAGGGGGUUGAGAUCCUCUCGAAAGGACUGGCCAGUCCACAGUGCAUCUUAAAAGAACUUUGGCUGAACACCUGCCGGAUCACCGAUAAAGGAUGCAUUUUUUUGGCCGAGGCGCUCAAGUUAAACCCCUCCCAUCUUCAAGAGCUGGAUCUGUGGGGCAAUCAAAUAGGAGAAAAAGGAAAGAGGGUCUUAUUGGACAUCCAUAAGGAUCCCAGCUAUCAACUGAAGACUCUCUAG